AUGACCACUUCCUCCACCAGUACUUCACUUCCAGAUCUGAGAGGUUCAUCGCAAACCGAAUUAACUUUUCAUCGUCUCCCGAAAACAAUUUAUGAUCAACGCGAUAUAAGCUUUCUGGCUGGUACACUUUCCGGUUUGACCAAAUUAGCAGUCGGUCAUCCAUUCGAUACUAUCAAGCUUCGUCUUCAAUGUACUGCACCCGGCCAAUACGCAGGUCCGUUAGAUUGCUUACUUCAAACUGUUCGACAAGAAGGACCUAGAGCAUUGUACAAAGGUGCCUCUCCACCUGCGAUCGGUUGGGCAAUGUCAGAUGGGAUUCUGAUGGGAUCGCUUGAUCGUUAUCGAGCUUGGCUUGCAAGGUCAACUGGUACUGAUCCGAAAUCAUUAUCGAUACCUUGUCAUGGUCUCGCAGGUGCAAUGGCUGGAUGGACAGUUUGCACUGUAGUAACUCCCAUUGAAACCCUUAAAGCGAAACUUCAAAUGCAAACCUCAGAUCCACGUACAAAACUUUACACAGGUCCAAUUCAUUGCGCUCAACAAAUCUUUCGGAAAGACGGUUUAAAAGGUUUUUAUAGAGCUUUACCAGCUACUUUACUCUUUAGAACUUGGUUUGGUGCAAUGUUUGCAUCAUAUCCAAUCAUUUCUUCUUCUUUACCUAGUUCACUCUCGAUUGGUACUCGUGAUUUUUUAGCCGGUGGUUUAAGUGCAGAAGUCUUUUGGAUCUUUAGUUGUCCGUUUGAUGCGGUUAAAAAUCGUAUGAUGUGUGAUUCGAUUACCAAUCCCAAAUAUCCAACUUGGCUUUCAGCUGCUCGUUCAAUUUGGGAUCAAGGUCGAUAUACUGCCUUUUAUCGAGGGUUUGUUCCAUGUGCUCUCAGAGCUUUCCCCACCAAUGCCGCUGCUUUGUUUGUUUGGGAGCGUAGUAUGCGAUUCAUGCGAGGAGACUAA